UAAAAUUCCUAGUCCUAUAGAGAACAAAGAGAGAGAGAGAAGAAACCAAAUUACUAAUUAGGGCGAAAAUAAUAUAAUGGCUAUGAAUCAAGGAAAUGCACAGCUAGAAUACCAAGAUAUCGAACCACCCUUUGAUUGGGAUCAUAAAAAAGAAAGUGACACACUCAUUGUUUCUCUUCCAGGAUUCAAGAGGGAGCAAUUAAGGGUGCAAGUAACCUCAACUCGUUUAAUAAGGUUGAGUGGUGAAAGAAGGAUUGGUGAUAGCAACAAAAUCCGCAAGUUUUACAAAGAGCUACCAAUUCCUUCAGAUACCGACACAAGUUCCAUCUCUGCCAAAUUUGAAAAUGGAAUCCUUUAUGUUAAGCUUCCCAAACUCAUCACUUCCAUUGAUGAACCACCAGUACCACCACCAACACCAGCACCAGCACCAGCAUCAGUACCACCACCAACACCGACGACACCUCCUGUAGUGAGGCCUCAGCAACAACCACAACCACAAUCAAAACCCGAGCCACCAAUUUCUCAUUAUGAAGAUCCACAAAAACAAAGAGUAGUAGACAAAGCACCUGUGUCAGCAUCUGCACCAGGACCAGCUCCAACAACAGCAUCAGCAUCAGCACCAGCACCGACACCAAUACCACAAUUGGAAGAGAAUAAAAAUAAUGAUGAUAAUAUUGCAAGAAAAGGUGGUAAGGAUGACAAGAGAGGUGUUAUUGAUGAAGGUACAAGUUCUAGGGUUAAGGAAAUGCAAGGAAGAAUGGGAAAGAGUGAAGGUGAAGGCGAAGGAAGCAAAUUAGGGUUAGGGUUAGAGAAAAGGUUAAGUACGGUUUCAAGGCAAGGAGAGGAGUAUAGGAAUGCUGUUUAUGGAUUGGUUGAAGAAUUGAAGAAGCAAAAGAAAAUGGCAAAUUUGGUUGUGGUGGUGUUUUUGGUGGUGUUGCUUGUGCUCUACGUUAACAAUGCUAUCAGGUCAUCUUUUGGUGGAGCAGGACCAAAAAUCCAAGAGUUAUAAUAAGUUAUUUUAUUUCAUUGUAUAUGUUUAUAGUGUGUUCAUAUAUAUUCUAUAUAUGGCUUAAGAUUUGUAUGUUUGUGUGUGCAAUUGCAUGUAUUAUGCAGCUUAUAUAUAUGUGUAAGAGAAUAAAAGGGAUUUAUGU